AUGUGUGGCAUCUUUGCCUGCCACCAACAUCCCGAUGUACAAAAGUUUCGCCCAACCGCGAUCCGUAUGGGAAAGCAGGUGAAACACAGGGGCCCAGAUUGGUCUGGCAACAAGAUCGCAAACAACACCAUCCUCGUCCACGAGCGUCUCUCCAUCGUUGGCAUUGACACCGGUAGCCAGCCCAUCACCAACGAAGACGACACCAUUGCGCUGGCCGUCAACGGCGAGAUCUACAACCACAAGAUCCUACGGAAGCAGUUCGCAAAGCCCUACCCAUUCAAGACUCACUCCGAUUGUGAGGUCAUCAUCCCACUAUACCAAGAGCACGAUGUCGACGCACCAAAGUAUUUGGACGGCAUGUUCAGUUGGGUGCUGCAUGACAAGAAGCAGGAUCGCCUGAUCGCUGCAAGAGAUCCAAUUGGUAUCACAACCUUCUACAUUGGACGGUCUUCCCAGACACCCGGCGCAGUCUACUUCGCCAGUGAGCUGAAAUGCUUGCACCCAGUCUGCGACAACAUCGAGGCAUUCCCACCUGGUCACAUCUACGACAGCAAGACCGAUAAGAUGACUCGAUACUACACACCAAAGUGGCUUAUGGAGCCCACGAGCAUUCCUACAACACCAUUGGACUUGAAGUUGUUGCGCGAGACCUUCGAGCGUUCGGUGAGAAAGAGACUGAUGGCCGAGGUACCUUAUGGUGUUCUGCUUUCGGGCGGUCUGGACAGCUCUUUGGUCGCUGCUAUUGCACAACGUGAGACGCACCGUCUGCAGAAGGAGUAUGCCCGUCAGCAGGCUUUGGCUUCCGGCACCGCCAGCCCAAGCAUGGACGGUGUUGCCAACGGUGUCGUUUCCCAGACCGAGAACGGCAUCCAUGAGGAGGACUUGGCCGGUAUCGACGAGGACUACCACCUGACGUCGGUACCACUUUUGUCACAACUCAACAGCUUCUCAAUUGGUCUCCCAGGCGCACCCGACACGAAGGCCGCCCAAGAAGUCGCAAGACAUCUCGGCACCAGACACCACUCCUUCACCUUCACAAUCCAAGAAGGUCUCGAUGCACUCUACGAUGUCAUCUUCCACCUCGAGACCUACGACGUUACCACCAUCCGAGCAAGCACACCCAUGUUCCUCCUCUCCCGCAAGAUCAAGGCGAUGGGUGUGAAGAUGGUGCUCUCAGGCGAAGGCUCCGACGAGAUCUUCGGCGGCUACCUCUAUUUCCACAACGCACCCGACAAGAACGCUUUCCACGAAGAGACCGUUCGCCGUGUCAAGAACCUCCACCUCGCAGACUGCCUUCGCGCCAACAAAUCCACCUCCGCAUGGGGCGUAGAAGCCCGCGUGCCUUUCCUCGACAAGGAGUUCCUCGAAGUCGCCAUGAACAUCGACCCAGCUGAAAAGAUGAUUGACAAGUCCCAAGGACGCAUUGAGAAGUACAUCAUGCGCAAAGCAUUCGACACCGAGGGCGAGCCAGGCGCGAAACCAUACCUUCCCAAGCACAUUUUGUACAGACAGAAAGAGCAGUUCUCAGACGGCGUUGGAUACGGUUGGAUCGAUGGUCUCAAGGACGAGGCGAAGAAGCAGGUCACAGAUGAGCAGAUGGUCGAGGCCACGAUCCGGAAAGACAAGCCACACUGGGGCGAUGACAUUCCUGAUUCGAAGGAGGCGUAUUGGUAUAGGUGCAUGUUCGACGAGCACUUCCCACCAUACUGUGCCAGCACUGUUAUGAGAUGGACACCGACCUGGAGCAAGCAGACAGAUCCUUCUGGUCGUGCGAUUGAGUCGCAUGAGCAGGCGUACAAACCUGGUGAGGGUAAGUAG